AUGACCACCGUAACAGCUCGGCCCUCGCGCCCUCUGCCACGCAUCUCCAAGAUCGCAGGCCGGUACCUCGUCUUCGAUCACGAGGAUGCGUCCAUCCUCCGCCGUGAGGCAAACACAAACGGCUCCCUGGUAGGCACACUGCCGCAGCAGCCCACGCAGAACAUGUUCCUCGGGCUCCCCAUUGAGCUCCGCCCCGAGGAGGCCGAGGCGCUCGUCCACAAGAACCUUGCCCGUGUCGUAGAUGAUGUCGCCGCGCACCAGGCAGCCCUGCGCUCGUCUGACCGCACCGCGUAUAUCCAGUCCCUCCGGAGAGAUAAGGCCACUGCCCACAAGGUCCUCGCCGAGCGCGCGGCGCAAAAGGCCGCCGUAGCAGCUGAUAAGGCGGGGCGUAAAAAGUCAAAGGCCAAGCCCGCCGCUGCUUCUCCCAAUGCUCCUGCUCCUCCCUCUGAUAGCGACGCCCUGUUCGCCGGUGCUCCGGCCGUGUCGGCGUCCAGCCCCCGUGUUGCAGAUUCUCCUAUGGAUAAUUUCGGCGUCACGCCGACCUCGAGCAGGGACCUGAUCCCCGCAGACGUAGACCGCGAGUUCGAGGUCUCGGAUGCCCCCGAGGGUCCUCUCGCGCGGUACCUGCAGGAUGGGGGCUACCACACCACGCCGGGUCUGCGGUUUGGCUCGGAAUACAGCGUCUACCCCGGUGACCCCUUGCGGUUCCACGCUCACUUCAUGGCCAACCAGUAUGACUGGGAUGAGGAGAUCCCCAUCCUGGACAUCAUCGAGGGGGGCAGGCUUGCCACGGCCGUCAAGAAGGCCUUUGUUAUCGGCGGGAGCGAUCCUUCCAAGGGCGAGGCGCCGGAGAACGUGACUACAUAUAGUAUUGAGUGGGCGGGCAUGUAG